CUUUCAUUUUCACUCUCCGUACCGUCUCCCUGAAAUAACGGAAUAAUGGUGACUGGACGAGAUAGUCUGUUUGUGAGUCUGCUGAUUCUCCUCCACAGUUUAACCUCUGAGUCUGCAAAGUUUGAAGUUCUUGGUCCAACUGAACCCAUUGUUGCUGUGGCUGGUGAUGACAUCAUUCUGCCCUGUUACCUCAAACCCAACAUCAGUGUUGAGGACAUGACAGUGGACUGGCGUAACCUUGACUUCGUAAAUGAUCCUGUCUAUCUAUACCAAAACGGCAAAAUCAUCUUAGAGGAUCAAAAUCCCUCCUACAGAGGAAGAACAUCACUGUUUAAAGAGGAACUAUGGAGGGGAAACACCUCUUUAAAACUGACCAGGGUACAAGGGAAUGAUGAGGGACUUUAUGAAUGCUUAAUUAAGUCACCAAGCUGGUAUGAAGAUGUACAAAUUCAAGUCUUUGUCAAAGCUGUAGGAUCCAGACCAGUAGUGUCCAUUGAAGGACACAGAGAGGGAGGGAUGGGUCUGGUGUGUCAAUCUGAAGGCUGGCACCCUGAACCUGAUCUGGUGUGGCUGGACAGUAAAGGAGUCAAUCUCUCUGCUGAAACUUCUGAGACACACAGAGACUUGAAGGGAUUCUACACAAUCAAACGACAUGUCAUUGUCCAGGAGACUGACACCAACCGCUUUACCUGCAGAGUCCUACAGAGACGAAUCAAUGAGGAGGUGGAGACAGAGGUUCACAUCCCUAGUGAGUUGUUUGAUUACACAACUCCAUGGAGACUGUCCUUCCUUGUGUCAUUCCCUUUGGGAGUCAUCUGUGUGAUUGGGUUAGCUCUGACUGUCUACUGGAUACAUAAAAAGAAAGAACAACAGAGAUCUUUGCUGGAUGACCUCAGGAGGGACUAUGAUGUCCUCAGUAGGGACUAUGAUGUCCUCAGUAGGGACUAUGGACAACAGAGCUCUGUGCUGGAUGACCUCAGGAAGUAUGUUUUUGAAGCCAUCAGAAGACAUGCAGUGGAUGUGACUCUAGAUCCUGAUACUGCACAUCCCAACCUCAUCCUGUCUGAUGACGGGAAACAAGUGAGACGUGGAGACAUAGACCAGAAUCUCCCUGACAACCCAAAGAGGUUUACAUAUUAUCCCUGGGUCCUGGGUAAGGAGGGCUUCUCCUCAGGGAGAUUCUACUAUGAGGUUCAGGUGAAGGAGAAGACUAAGUGGACUAUGGGAGUGGCCAGAGAGUCAGUCUACAGGAAGGGGAUGAUUACACAGAGUCCUGGAAAUGGAUACUGGACUGUGUGGCUGUGGGAUGGAGAGUAUCAGGCUCUCACUGACACCCCUGUCACCCUCCCUCUGAGAGAGGAGCCCCAGAAGGUGGGGGUGUUUGUGGAUUAUGAGGAGGGACAGGUCUCCUUCUUCAAUGUGGAGGCCAGGAGUCACAUCUACUCUUUCACUGGUCAAAACUUCAAUGAGAAACUCUAUCCUUACUUCUACACUUAUCACAACCCACUGGUCAUCUGUCCUCUACAUCUUACUGACUGACUGUUUUAAAUCAGACAACCAGAAAUCAGACAGACAAUCAGAAAUCCAGGAUGGAGAACAGUUGGCAAGAAUAUGAAAUAUGAGAACAUUUAUGUGAGACCGUUGAUGUUUCUAGUACCCAUACUAUGUGAUUU